AUGCUCACCAAACGGGCUUUGCGGACAACUGACCCGUACAGACGGGUUCUCUCACGAGGAUUUUCAGUCUUAAAUCGGCCCUCACCCAACUAUCCAGGCCAUGUCCCACUAACCACUCUUGAGCGUGGAGCUCUUGCAGUCGGGUCUGCAAUUGGAUCACUGAUAAACCCAAGACGAGCAGAUCUCAUUGCAGCCCUGGGUGAGGCUACUGCAACUCCCUACUUCAUCUACCGUCUCCGUGAUGUUAUGCUGUCCGACCCCACAGGCCGUCGCAUCCUCCGCAACCAGCCAUCCAUAAAUUCUCAAACUCUCUCUGUUGAAUAUCUUCGCAGCCUAUCCCCCAACACUGUUGGACGAACCUAUGUGGACUGGCUAGAUCGAGAAGGCGUCGGCCCUGAUACUCGUGCAAAGGUGCAGUAUAUUGAUGACAAGGAGUGUGCAUAUGUGAUGCAGCGCUAUCGAGAAUGCCAUGAUUUCUACCAUGCCAUCACUGGUUUACCAGUUGUGGUAGAGGGGGAGAUUGCUCUGAAGACAUUUGAAUUUGCAAAUACAUUGUUGCCUAUGACAGGGUUGAGUAUGUUUGCUGUGAUGAGGUUGAAACCUGAGGAGAAGGAGCGGUUUUGGAAGUUGCAUUUGCCCUGGGCAGUUAGAAAUGGGCUGGCAAGCAAGGCUGUUAUCAAUGUUUAUUGGGAGGAGCAGUUGGAAAGGGAUGUUGAUGAGCUGAGAAAGGAGCUGGGGAUUGAGAAACCAGUGGAUUUGAGAGAAAUAAGGAAGAUUAUGAGGAGGCAGAAGAAGAUGGCUGAAGAGGCAGCUAAGACAAAGAAGAGAUAUUGA